ACGGGUAGUGGACACUCCCACCAGCUCGCAGCCCUCAGUCAGACCAUCGAUACCCCUAAGAACUCAAGCCCAUGCCCCCGCCCCGCAGGGGAAGGAGAUCCCGCCUAGCCAGCUCCCGAGUGGCCGGAACUAGCCUCCCACGGGCCACAGCCCACUCCCCAAGACGGGCCAGCCACGGAGCUCCUCUGUUGAGCCAUGCGCAACUCCUCACCCGGCGGCGCCAUUCCUCCGAGCAGGUCCCACCGGAGUCCAGUCCGCAGGCUGACUUCCGCUCAGGAAGGUGGCUCUCUGAACGUGCCGGAGGGGACACCAGGGACUCGCGGCAGGCUCCGUUUGUAGGGAUGAGCUCUAAUCAUAGGAUCUGUGAUCAAGAAGAAGUAGUGAUUCCCUGUGCUUCUGAUGAUUUUGGAAGUGUGGACUUGGAAUUGAGCAAUUUAGAGGAUAUUAAAAAAGACUCAAGUGAUAGUGAACUUACAGUAUUAGACCUGGAUGCCUCCGAUCUUCCUGAAAUCCUUCAGGAGUCCUUUACAGAUAGCCUCAGAAAUUUCAGCCCCCAGGAACCUCUCUGUGAAACCAGUGUUGAGAAACUAAUCCAGUCAAUCCAGGAGGUGUUUAGUGGUAAGCUAAAGGAUGAACCUGCAAAGCUGACAUUCCUAAGAUCUUUGUCUUCUCUCGGUGAAACUUUGUGUUGUGAUGAAACCACAGAAUCAUUCAUUCAUAGCCAUCUAGCAGACAUAGUGCACAUCCUAAAUGUACUGGUACAAGAGGAGCUCCUGGAUUCCCUGCUCAGCCCUGUGCUCCAGGAGGUCUUUGCCACCAUCACUGUCUUCAGUUAUCAAGAUGUCCAUUUGCUGUUUGGCUCUGAAGAUCAUGCUGAGUUGUUCAGUCUUGUUAUCAAAAGAAUCGUCAGUCUGCCCUCUGUCAGAAGUCUUACCCGGCUGGAGGAAACCAUGGCAAGCAGGCCCUCCAACCCAGAGUGUCUCUACAGGCAGACGUUCCAGGCAUUCUCUGAGAUGCUCCAGAGUUUCGUGGUAAAAGACCCACAUUUGGAAAAAUUUGAUGCCAUUUUUAAGCACGUGUGUCCCUCGUUACAGUCGGUCAAAGACCACGAGCGGGAAUGGGCCACAACCAGCAUGGCCCAAGUUCUGAAGUGCUUAUCCAGACAUCUCUGCCUGAAGCUUCCACUGCAAUUCCAAAGCCUUGGACAUCUGGUAGCUCUGAUGGCACUGCUGUGUGGAGACCCACUGAAAGAGGUGGCUGAAGAGGCUGCAGAAGGCACACGCUACCUGCUGCAUGUCACCCUGAGGCUGAAGUAUGCCACUCAGGACAAAACAAACCAUCAGAGCUUGAGAAGAGGGUUGAAAAAGUGCUGUGAAAUUCUAGAGCACCACGAUAUUAAGCAGUUUUACCGUGAUCCUUUCAAAAUUGCUCAGGUCUUUGAAGGUUUCCUCAACUCAAAUGAGCUCUGCCAGUUUGUAAUGACUACAUUGAACAGCCUAAAAAAGCUGAAACAUACUCACAACCAGGAAUUAGCUGGAGAAUUGCUACUAACAUUGGUAAAAAAUGCGGAGUCCCGAUUUGAGAAGGUACCAGAAAUUAUGGGAGUUAUCUGUGCCCAGCUACCCAUAAUCAGUCAGCCAGGAGUCCGCCAGCAAAUCAUAAGUACUGUGAGUUUGUUUAUCUCCAGACCCAAGUACACAGAUAUAGUGCUUAGCCACCUUCUGUGUCAACCAAUACCAUAUGACAGAAAUCUAGCUGCAUUGUGGAGAACCCUGAAGAUAGACCUGCCCAACACAACCUGGGUACUGUGGAGGUUGCUGAGGAAGCUCCAGAAAUGCCACAAUGUGCCCAGCCAGGAGAAGAUGGCCUAUGUGGCUGUUGCUGCAACAGAUGCCCUUUAUGAGGUGUUUAUGGGAAACAGGCUGCGAGCAGCUACAUUCCGACUCUUUCCUCAGCUUCUCAUGACACUGCUCAUCCAGAUUCACCACAGCAUUGGCCUAACCGUGUCUGACGUCGCCAUCCCAAGUGGCCUGUAUACAGAGCAGAAAAUGUCAACAGAGGUCACACCUUUGUGUUUUGCCAUGCAGGCCACAAAGACUCUGCUUCUCAGAGCGGCAUGCAAGCGAGAAUUUGACAUAAUGGAAAAGAAUAAAGGAUGGACUCUGCUGGAAGGAGAAGACUGCCAUCUUCAGGGAGUAUGUCUCCUUGCCAAUGCAUUGCUAGAAAAAAAUCACCUGCUUACUUGCAGGAUCUUGUAUUUGUUAGUCCCACUUCUCAACCGAGGGAAUGAUAAACACAAGCUCACAUCUGCAGGCUUUUUUGUGGAGCUCCUUCGGAGUCCAGUGGCCAGGAGACUGCCCAGCAUAUACUCCUUAGGCCACUUGAGAGACUGGCUGCAUCAUGGAAAUAAUCUCUUUAGGAUUCUUGCCCUGAGGGGGCUGCACAAUCUUUUCAGACACUGGGAUAUGAGGGAAGACAUCAAGAGAUUAUUGCCAUCCAUCUUGGACAGCUUAUGGGAAACUGACGAGAGGAUUGUUUUGUUGGCCAUCCAGAUACUCCAGAAGCUUGUCAGGACAAUGGAUUUCACAACGCUGGCUGCCAUGAUGAAAAUCCUGUUCUCUUUAUUUGGUGAUAUGAGACCUGAUGUUCACCAUUUCUCCAUGACUCUUUUUGGAGCCUCCAUUAAGUCUGUGAAACACGCACAUAAGAAGUGUAUGGAGAAUCAAGUCCUGGAAAGCUUGGUCCCACUGCUUCUGUAUUCCCAGGAUGAAAAUGCUGCAAUAGCUGAGGAGAGUAGGCGAGUCCUAAAAAUAUGUUCUCAGUUCCUGAAGUGGAAGCUGCCCCAAGAAGUCUACCACAAAGAUCCCUUCUACAUUAAACCUGUUGAAGUUAAAACAAUCUGCAAAUUCUUUGGAAAAAAAUGCAAGGGUAAAAUUGACAUCCUUGCCCAAACAUUGAUGUACUCCAAGAAUGCAAAACUUCCCAUCAGAAGAACAGCAGUCUUAUUUGUAGGGCUCUUAUCAAAGUACAUGGAUUGCAGUGAGACCAGGAUGAAAGGGACUGACUGGAUACAGGAUGAUUUGAAAGAUCUGCUGCAGGACCCUGAGCCCUCUCUGCGCAUCCUUGCCUCCCAGGCUCUGUUCCGAGUCCAGAAGGUGGAGUUUCAGGCAGAACCUGAACAGACAGUCUGCUGGUGGAGGAAGCUCCUGGGCUGUCUCUCUACCUAGAAAUGUGAUUCAGUCAAUAUCAGGUAAAAACUAACCCUUUCAGCAGCCACAGGAUAGACAGUGCACUUUUUUUUCAGAUGUAUGCAAUACCAGCACAAAUCUACCUCCAUAUAUUUAAAUACCACCAACAUGAUGUCCCCCCCCUCAAAACCUUUAAGUAAAAAAAAAAAAAAAAACUUUAAGUAAUUAGAAUACAAAGGAGUGUGGGCUGGGGAUUUAGCUCAGCAGCAUAAGCGCCUGCCUUGCAAGCGCAUAGUCGUGAGUUCAAUCCCUGAUACCAAUUAAAAAAAAAAUUAAAAAAAAAAUACAUAGGAGUGGCUCUUGGUUUAAAUUGGCACAUUUAAAUGAAAAAUCUAAUGAGCUUUUGAGCCAUGGCAGAAUAUCCCCAAAGUUUAAGUCUCAAACAGGGUAGAACCACUUUUUAUUUAUUUGUUUGUUUAUUGAAUUAUCUUUGGUUUUUUGAGACAGGAUCUCAAAAAACUAAAAAAAAAAAAAAUUUUUCAAGGCUAGGGUUGUAGCUCUGUUAAAAAGUACAUGUUUAGGGGCUGGGGUUUUAGCUCAGCGACAUAAGCACCUGCCUUGUAAGCAGGCAGUUGUGAGUUCGAUCCCCGGUACCUAUAAAAAGGAAAAAGACACACACACACACACAAAAGGACAUGUUUAGGAUAUAUGAGGACCUAGGUUCAAGCCCUAAUAUACACAUAACACAAAACAAGACUCCAAACAGGGUGGAGACUUAGCUCAGGGGCAUAAGGGUCUACCUGGCAACCUCGAGGUCAUGAGUUCAAUCCCUAGUACCAAAAAAAUAAAAAUAAAAAAAUUCCAAAUAAAUGUUAUUGUGUUAGUAUUAUUGCCUCUCUGUCAAGGCUACUUGUCAAAAAUCUUAAGA